AUGAUGCACCAGGCUGCCGUUACACUGACCGUGGCGCUGUCGGCUUAUUCAGCCGCGGCGGCCACCAUUGACAGGCGAGUUGUCGGCGGCGAGGAUGCCAAGGAGGGCGAGUUUCCCUCCGUCGUUAGCAUCACCGGCACCAACGGUAUCUGCGGCGGUGCUUUGCUCGACAGCAAGACUGUGCUUACUGCUGCCCACUGCCUCCAAGGAGUUGUCUCUGUCAGGGCGGGAUCGGUGCAACACCGGGCAGGCGGUGUCGAGGCCAAGAUCGCAUCCAAGGCAUACCACCCCGAGUACAUUACGAACCACAAAAAACCAAAAGAGCCCUAUUACAACAACGACAUUGGCAUCAUCAAACUAGCCAGCGCGAUUGAGACGGGCGACAACAUUCGCUAUGCUACCCUCCCAGAAGAAGGCUCAGAUGCCGUGCCCGGUUCCAUGGCUGUGCUCGCAGGCUGGUACGUGUCAACUAUGGGAAAGAAAAGAAGAGCCACGCUUCUUUGCUCGGUGAUUGGAGGAUAUGCUGACAGGAAGGAAACCACUAUUAGGGGCACGCAAAAACCCACAUUCAGACUCGGGGGCGAUGCAGCCGAGCGCAUGGCCCGGGUGACGCUCCCGAUCCACGACCGCAGUGUGUGCGACAAGCUCGACGCGGGCGUCCAGGGCAGACAGACGCUGGUGUGCGCGGGCGGCGACGGCAAGAACGCGUGCCGGUACGACAGCGGCAGCCCGCUGAUGGAGCAGGACACGGGACUCGUCGUCGGCGUCGCCUCGUGGGGCAUCCCGGACGCAGAGAAGCUCAUGUGCAGCAACGCGCCUAUGCUCUACACCCGCGUCAGCAGCUACCUCGGCUUCAUCAACCAGCAUCUCGAGGGGGGGGCCGCCGCAGCACCACCCGCGACGCCGGAGCAGCCGGGUGGUGGUCCGCGGGCCGACGAGGACAAGCUCUGCUCCACGGCCGCCGGGCCCAACAAGUACGGCGUGCCCGAGGACGAGUGCCGGCGCGUGGUCGCGCAGUGUGCUUUUGAAGAGAAGCAGAAGAACGAGGUGGCGAGCAACUUUGACGGCGUGGUCCGGUGCGCGGAUGCCCAGCUUCUGGCCUAG